CUCACUACAUUGUCCACAAUAUCCUGUGUAGGAAGAUCAAUUCUGCUCACAUUUAAAUCCCAUUUUACAGAUGAUGAAACUGAGGUUCAGAGAGGUUAAAUGAAUUGACCAUGGUCACACUGUCCAUCAGCUUCCAGAUUUUGACUUGAAUACAGGUUUUUUGACUACCAAGUCCAUCAAUACUCUUUCCCCCUACACUAUACUCACUAUCUCCGUGAUGUCAUCCAUUGUGAGCUGACAGAAUUUCCUGGGCCUUGAUGAGCAAACUCUAGACAAGUGGAAGAGGGAGUGUCAGAUCAGGAACUUACAAUUGGCCCCUUGACUCUACAGAGAAACAUGUUACCAUCAACUCCUUUAAGUGAAAGACCCCAGUGGAUGUCAAAGAAGACACUGGAUAUCCCAAGAUACUAUCAAGCUUACCAUUCCCCUGAUGCAACAAUGGUCAUUAGGGGCCUCCCACCUGCAGUUAAAGAACCAGAUCCUGGAGUGGGACUUGGGGUAGAAGAGGGGCUACUUUGCAAACUGCUUCAUUCUCCAGAGUUUAACUUGUUUCCCAACUCAGCUGUCUUUGAAAGCAACUUCAUCCAGGUCUCAAAGUUCAAGAAUUGGAGAAAUAUCUAUGAUGCAUCUACUACUAUGGCUCUUGGUGUGACCUCAUCAGUGGCUUGCUUGCCUCUUCCCAACAUCCUUCUGAUGGCCAAAGUUAAGUGGCCCAAAGGGCAAUCUCCAAAAUGGAUCCGUCCAACAGAAGCACCAACUAUCACCCUCAAAAGAAUUCUCCCACUGAAGUUUGUGGAACUCCAAGUUUAUGACUGGUCCCAGAGAAUCCUCAGGGUCCGGACAGUUGCUGAAAAAAUUUACUACCUAAAACUCCACUUGGACCACCCUGAGGUUGUGUUCCAGUUCUGGGUCCGCCUGCUGUAUAUUCUGGAAAGGGGACUGUCCAUUACUACUAAAGACCCGAGAAUUCAUGUGACCCACUGCCUGGUGCCUAAGGCUCCAGGCAAACUUGCUGGGAAUGCCCCAGAAACAGUUGAAAUUAACAGACCACUACCUGCUGGACCAAGUGAGAGCCUGGUUCUCCUUAUGGCCCAGGGAGUAUCUGAAGCCUCUUCAAAGCAUACAGCAAACUUAAGGAAGCACAAGAAAGCAGCAAAAACCAAUGACAUCAGCAUCACAGAAGUCAUCAGAAAUGUUCAGACAAGCAACUCAGAACAAGAAUUUUCCUCCCAAGAAAGCAAUAGAAGAAAUGAAGGAGAUGUAUGCUUGAGAGACUCCUUCUCUCACAGUAUGUGGGAAAGAGAAAAUCCCUCUGGGCCACAGCCAUUGUCUCUCCUUAGCACCCUAGCAGCCUCUACUUGUUGCUUUGGCCCAAAGCCUUAGGGGGUGCAGCCAUGAUCAUACAAUGGAUUUUGCAGCAGAAGGUAUUCAACAGUAACAGAAAAAGAGAUGGUUGGCAGAACAAUCAGAUGGCUGACAAGAGGAAAGGCAGUCUGAAACUGUCCAAAAAGGUGGCUGAUGGCCAUGGAGGGAUUCAGGGUUACCCAACAGGGAUGUCUAAGAACCGCAGAAGCUAAUAAUAACAGAAAACUGCAAUUGUCAGUCAGCAACGACAGCAACUGGUAACCAGAAGGCAGAAAAGACAGGUGACAGCAGAAGCAAUAACUAAACAUGGACUCUAGAUGCUCAAAAGAAAAUGACAACAAUGGAAAUGAACUCAACAGCAAUGAAAAAGAUGAAUUUCAAAGCUGCCCCAAAGGAGUACAAAACUAAGAAUAUCAACGUAGACUCUUAAAAAUUAUCAUGGAAAUCGAACGAGUGAUACUAAAAUGGCCAAGCUACACAACUACUCUGAUGCUUUGUCUUUAAUGAGAAAACUAAGGAAAAGCAAUCUGGGCAAUUAAGAAGUCAUAAAGGCCUUCUUAAUAUGGGUGUUGUGAUAGGAAAACAAACAAAGCAGAUAUAGCUUGUCAUAUUUGGAAUGCAGUCCCUCUCACUUUCAACUUCUAGAAUCCUUAAUUUCCUGCAAACCACACUUCAGGUGCUACAUAUAAGCCUAUCUCUAUUCGGUCCCCAUUAGUGCAGUUCAUGCACUUUCUCUCUGUCUGUCUGUCUCUCCUCACUCUCACUCUUUCUCAAUUAUUAUACAUAUGAUAUUUAUCUGUGUACAUGUUAUGUACCUUUGGUAGAAUGUGAGCUCGCAUAGGGCAGGGGCUUUUUUAUUUUUGUCUUGGAUGUAUCCCAGUGCCUAACAUAGUGUCUUGCAUAUAAUAGGCACUUAAUAAAUAUUUGUUGAAUUGAAUUGAACCCAGAAAAGUUAAACAUGUGGAAAGGAAUAAUAAAUGGUUUAUAAAAUCCC